AGGUAGUGUUGAAGGCUAAUCCGCCCACGUUGGAGCCCUACUUGGGCAGCUCACUCUCGCCCCACAGCUCAGUCCCCAGCCAGCCUUCUCUCACCAGAAAGAUGAAACCUCCAGGUGGCGAGUGUCACGAUCUCUGGGGAGCGUCUUUCAACGGAUCUCCCAGUCACCUCAGGGUGCUGAAACCACCUGGUGGAGGCAGCAGUGACAUUUUUGGGACUUCAGCAGAACCCACAGAGCCUCAGCGAAAAACUAGAACACACUUGACCUCAUCAAUUUUUGGUGAAGAAACUGUUACCCCCUCAAGAAACAAAGCCGGUAAUGAUUCCUUUUACAAUUUGUUUGGAAAUGAACCGCAAGUCAGGCCUGUAUCAGCCUUUAAGGACAAGACCAAAAGUAAUAUUAUCCUUGAUGAUGUUUCUACAAAUACAACUGACAGUGAUGCAAAGAAAAGUCUGACCUUCACUAAUGAGGAUGUUACACAGUCGGGAGACUCUGUUGACGGAGAAGUUCCAGUAAAUCAUGAUAGUGUACAUACAAAUGGAAAUAAUAGCGAUAUUCUGCCAGAAUCCUCAAUGAUAGACAUCUGUGAACUGACAGAGAGGGAAGCUACAAAGAUGCCAGAUGGCGGCAAUUCCGCAGCCAGCAAUGGACCAGCUGUGAAUGGUGCCUCGUCCACCUCAGAGUCUAGUGCCUCCACUCCGGCCCCUACCCCAGCUCCAGCUACCGCUGCUGCUGCCAAGCAGCGUGUGCCUCCCGGCGGCUUCUCAUCAGGCCUCUGGUGAACUGCACCAUGCUUCCUCCAUGCUUACCCAAUAUUUAUGACUUAAGUUUUUUCUACAUAUUACAUUAAAAUUUUUUGCUUUACU